AUGAUGCUUACUGUGGACCCAUGUGGUGCUGCGCGAUGCCCGCCUGCAGUUGUUCGAGCGCCGCGGCAGCGAUCCAGACCUCCGUCCACUGGUUCCAACCCGCCCUGCACCGGCACGCAGGAACGCCAUCAAGGGCCUGCUGAUUAUUCGCCAUGGGCGAAUCUUCAUCCGUACAGUGAUAACGACCUCUUCUCAUCGCUAGCGCCGCCGCUGGAAGGCUUUCCCUCGGCUGUGCCAGUCUGCCAAUCCGCUGACGCCCUCACACACGAGUCGGCACUCUGGGCAGAACCCGAUCUGUCCUUUGCCGAUAUCGACUGGAAUUUCGUAUCUGUGGAUGUUCCGACGCCGUACCUUUCUGACUAUGACGGUGGCGAUGUCCCCGUCAUGGAUCUCGGGUAUGGGGGUCUCUCUGCUUCCAACUCUUUUUCGGAUUCCGGAUCAAUCGAGCACCAACACUAUAUCUCUGCGUCUCUUGCGCAUUGCUCCGCCAAUUCACAAGACGGCCACUCGCAUCCUUCCCCUAUCUCUUCGUUGACUGCUCCCGUCUCGACCUCUCUCUCCAGCCCCUCUACCUCCCAGGGCGAUGAUACUCUAACUCGUGUUGAUUCGUCACGGGUGGAAAAGCGUAAACUCAACACCCUCGCCGCGCGGAGAUGCCGCCAGAGACGUGUAGAUCGGAUGAAGGAACUUGAAGCAGAGUUGGAGAAGGUUCGGAAGGAAAGAGAUGACUGGAGACUUCGAUGUUCGAAGCUUGAAGGCGAAACGGAUGCUUUGAAGGGCCUCCUCACUCGCAGGAGCAAGGAUACAUAG